AUGACUACUUGCUUGUCAUCCGACAGCCAGUUUCAAAGACGUGGCAGGACGAAGAGCUGUCUCGAAGUCCUUCAUACGGCCCAUAUUCGCGCUUCUAUACCCAUUGUUCCAGGCACUACAGUUGCUGGAUCGAUAUAUCAUCCUUCAGGGAAAUAUAACUUGACUAAGGAAAUAAAAAUCGAGUGUUUGGCUAUAUUUCCUCUCGAUUCGAAUGUUGCCUUUACACCCACUGACUCCACUGGGAACACCACUGUUGCCUUUGAGAUAGCUCAUGAAGUAAGAGCUGGGUUAUGUCAUAGCGUCCAGUUUGUUGCUGUCAACAUCCUCGAUGCCCCAAAAACCCAUCAAGAUGUCGCUACAGUUUUUGACAAGUUGUACGAUCCCUCUUUGAUCAUAGUGAUGACAACGUGGCGACAACGUGGAUCUCUUCCUGUGUCAAGUUCUGUUGAACUACCAAUUGAUGACUUGUCUGGCAAGACGGGUUUUGUUCAGCUCAUCCUGAUUAAGAUGGAAGAUGGUUCCUCAUUCUUCCAUGUGGGAGCUUCAGGCACAGGACCUCUCAUGCCGUAUAUGAGGACGCAGUGGCUUCCGACUUCCACUUCGAAACUUUCGACUACCGCAGUGAAGACUAGUCUUAUCGGCUCGCUAUUAAGAGUGACUGGUUGGAAAGAAACAGGAUUUCAAUGA